AUGCGCUUCGUUCCCCAAAUGUCGCUAGUCCUGCCAAUGGCAAUACACGGCAUCUUGACCAUCCCAGGGGUAACGGCACACUGCUCGGAUGGACUUGUGAACGUUGUCUUUAACUCGAAUUACAGCCCAUCUCAAUUCUCUCAGAUGCCUGGCGCUUCUAAUUGGCUCACGUUUUGUUUUGGAACUCAGCCUAAGCAAAUCCCAAUGUUAGGCAACAACAAGGACGCUGUUGAUAAGGCCAUCGCAGUAGUCAAUGGCCCAAAUCCACCGGACUACUUGCUCACAUUCAACGAGCCCGACAAUGAUUACAAGACGGGCAAAGUGAUCUUGAAUCCCAAAGAUGCCGCUGAUCUUAUCAAACCAUUGUUGAAGUCACCUGGAAACCAUACAGAAUUCAUCGCACCCGUGCCGGCCCACCAAAUGAGCACCUGA